AUGAGCACGGAUCGUGAUGCUGGAGACUUGGAGCUGGAUACUGUCUGUGGGACACCUGAAAUUCCCACUAGUGAUGAACCGCUCCAGAGUUUAGACCAUCAUCAGACUCAUGAAAAGGAGCUGGACCCGGUGCUGCUGUGGGUUCCCAGUGGGAGACGUCUAAUCUCUGGUUUGGUGGGUCUCAAUGUGGUUCUGCUGGGAACCGCUCUGGUGGUCGGCGAAAACUUCAACCCUGAGUGUCUGAGCCACCAGGAGCCCGAGGUGUUCCUGCUGGUGCUCAUGGGGAUCAGCCUGAUCUGGAUGUUCUGGUACCUGCUGUGGGCCAGGAGACAUCCGGAUAUAAGCCCGCACAGAGACCACCACGCCGGGGGGGUCCCUGUCAUCCUGGCUCUCCUGCUCUUUGCUGCCUUCAGCCUGCUGCUGUUUGUCUUCAGGGUCGGUUAUUUGAUGAGUACGAGGGAGUGUAAGCCUGCUGCGACGCUCAUUUCACCGUUCAUGGAGGCUCCUUUUCUCACUCUGCAGACAUAUUUACUGUGGGCUCACUCCAAAGACUGCAUUCACAGACACAAGAUAAUCACAAGGUCUGGACUGAUGAUGAUCCUCUCCACUGAUCUACUGCUGUGGCUGAACGCUGUGACAGAGGACAGCAUCCACGUGGAGAUCGAGCUGGGAAAACAGAACGGCCUCGCUGAUGACGACACAAUCCCACCUGGUAGGGACAACUCAGACUUAGCAGGUAGUUACUGUAGUUACUCCACAUUCACUCAGGAUCCUAAGCAGAUGAAGAAAAAAGCACAAGAGAACAAAAAGAAAGAUAUAUCUCUACUGGAGGCCAAAAUAUCAGCGCCCCCUACUGUCCAGGAGCAGGGGGCAACAAAACCCUGGGCCAAAAGAGUGAGACAAGAGAUCUGCGCUUUCCUCAUUCUCUCAAAUAUCAUGCUGUGGCUGAUUCCUGCAUUUGGAGUCCACCCGCAGUUCGAGAACGGCCUGGGAAAAGAGUUCUUCGGCUUCACCGCUUGGUUUAUUAUGAUGAAUUUGGGUCAGCCGCUCGGCGUCUUCUACAGGAUGCACUCGGUGGCAGCUUUAACGGAGCUGCUCAUCUCUGCAUGA